CUGAAACAUUUGAUUCGGUAUAUAACCUCAAAUUUUGAAGUUUUUUUAAUUCCGUCCAAUUUUGAAGAAUAUUCGAUUUUAAAGUCAAUAAAAUAUGAAAAAAAAAAUCAUCUUUGCGGUCGCCAAUUGUGUAUCCAGCUGGUAACUGUAAAAUCAUUUAUAAAACAAGAUCAACUCGAUUAAAAAGUAUGCGUUAUAAUUUUAAACUGAUAUACCAAUUUUGUUUGUUCAAAUCUCCAACAUCUGCAAGAUUGGCGCCAAGACCUUUGGUACAUUAAAAGGAAGAUUGCUUUCUAUCACAACAAUUUAUCAUUCGGGGAAUCCUGUUGUUUUAAUGAGUUCAAUGAUGUUAUAAAGAAAAGAUAAAAAAAAAGUAUCUACGAUGACGGUGGAUAUGCAUUACUUUUCUCUUUACGAAAAUUACCAAGAAAAAUACAACCAAUUGAAGCAAAAGUUUAUAGAAAUUGCGAGUUUGCACAUAAAUGCGGCUAAUUUGCAGAAUUUAAAACAAUUUUAUGACAGUGUAAUAAAUUCGAAACGUGCUUCCGAUAAUAUUAAAGAUUUACUAGAUUUGAUAAAAAUUUUAGAGAAACGUUUAGAGUUAUCAUAUAAUAAAAUAGAGGCCUUCAAAUAUAUAGCAUCGACGUUUGUUAAAGAUCCAGUGCUUGAUGUAGCAAUUAAAGAGUAUGAAUUACAAUUAGAAAAUCAACGAAAAUUACCACCUUUAAAUGUAUAUAAAUGCAAAAGUGUGUCACCAAUAUCUUCAGUAUCACCGUCAACAUCCAUAGAGGAUGAUUCUGGAUUCACUGCUGCUAGUCAGAUAGUUUUGUUAAAUAGUCCUACUACAUUUCAAUCGACUCAUCAGCCACCUCAGCAGGUAUCAAGAGGUCCACAACAAUCCAGUCAACCGACAGCCUUUCAGUCUGAAGUCUUCCAGUAUCUCAGUGAAAAUUUGGGUAGAAGUUGGCGAGACUUGGCGAGGUUUCUGGAUGUCAAGGAAGCAGAAAUUGAUUCUAUAGAUCUUAAAACCCAUUAUGAUUAUAAGAACAGGGCUCUGGAGGCAUUGGAGAUAUUUAGAAGACGAUGUGAUCCUUGCAAUUGGAAAAAGAAAUUGAUAAAAUCGUUAGAAAUUAUACGGCGUAGAGAUCUCGCUGAACAUGUAACUGAUAUGAUUUUACAGGGUAAUAAUAAUUAAAGGAAAUUUUAAAUAUAAAA